AUGUCACCCAACGUUUUGUACAUUAAUUCUAUUAACCUGAAAAAUAUCACAUUUUGUGAAUGGAAGCUAUCUCCAUUAUCUACUGAAUGGAGUUCAAUUUUACAAGCUCAUAAUUUGCUGGAAAAAAAUUUCACAUGUUAUUCAAAACCUGACAACUUAAAGUUUCACCGUGGAUUAUUGUUAACCACAAAGUCAAAUUUGACCGCUGGUUUGUAUAGUGUUCACUGUUUGGGUACAUUUGUGACAAAAAACGUAAUUGUAGCCGAAAAACCCAAUGAUUUCAUCAUUGAUAUCUAUCCACAAGAAAUAGUUAUCAAUGCAUCAUAUUCAGGGUUGAUCCAAGCAAAACUUCACUGGUUCAAUGCAACAGAAGCAGUGGAGUUUCUAAUUAAUCAACUGUUUCCAGUUAUAUGUGAAAUAAAUUAUCCAGAAAUGUCUAACUGGCCUAAGUGGAAUUUUACAUAUUUUACUCAUUAUGCAUUGCUUCCACACAAAGGUUUAUUGCACAUUAACUACAAUUUAUUGGAAGCUGAGAGCUGUUCAGGGUUAUAUUUAAAACAGUUGAGAAAUCUCAGACAAAAUACAGAAGACGAACAAAGAUAUAAGAGACGUAAAUAUGGAAUGAUCGCAUCACAAGUAAGCGUAUCAGACUCGCCCAAGGAAAAAUCAAACUGUAUAACUGGCACAGUGGAUUAUAUCACCUCAGGUGAUCUAGUGAAGAUCACACUGAGGGAAUCAAAAGAAGGAAAUGAAUUUUGUGAUAAGAAUAUAAAGCAAGGGACUUACAUUUUUCAUGUUUUAAGUAAUAAAUUGAAAAUAGGCGUCUUUCCCGAACAAGAAUAUUAUAUUUCUGGUAUAAAUCCCUCAAUUGAACUGUUUUUGACAAAUCCAAAUGCUCCCAGAAUCGAGGUGGACAUACUACGUGAGAUACCCAUUAGCUGUGCUUGUGUUGAAGGUACUGGUUGCAUUGAAACUGGGGAAGAAUAUCUGAGAUCAGAGAGUGGAGUGGUGAAUCUAAAUAUUUCAAGUGGUUAUCACUUCUCAGAUAAGUACACCUUUGUCUGCACAUUCAGUAACAAAACGUAUAAUACAUCGCUUACAAUUAUCAAUAAAGAUGAUGUAAAAUUGGUGAUUUCGGGGACAAAUAAAAUAUUCCAUCUUCUAGGUGAAACGCACACAUACUCAUGUGCUGUGAGAUUUAUUUAUAAAGGCCUAUAUGAAUUUAACCAUCCUAAACCUGUGUGGAUUGAUUUAAAAAACAUGGGUAGUGAAGUACUCGGAACAGAUGACAUUAAAGUCUCACAAAGUAAUGCAGGAUGGCACUAUUAUGCAUGUGAAUUUAGCAGCUACGGUCUUAUUGUUAAGGAGUUUCUUCACUUUAUUGUAUUUGGAGGCAGUAUGCCUAACAGAUUUCUUCGUCGACGUUAUAUUUUACCGAAUUCAUUACAAUUUACAGAAAAACAUCCACUAGAACAGUAUACAUACCAUAAAUUGAGAUUUCUUUCAGAGCCAGUUUGUGUGAGUUAUGAUGCGAAAAAGGAGAUUAUUGAAUGGCACUGUCCUUGGAUACGCAGAGGUGUACUUCACUUUUGUAUGGAAUACACUGAAAAACAGUUUGUUUUAGACAAAUUGUAUACCAAUACUACAAGAGUAUUUUAUUUAGAAAAUAUGUUUAUUGUUAUUACCUUUUUAUGUAUCCAUAUAACUGAAGGCCAACCAACAAACGUUGGAUUUUAUAAAUCAUUACAUGGCUAUCGUUGUAUUCAUAAUGGAAUGCCUAUUGAAAAUGUUAAAUACAAUAUCAGUAUUUUGAAUGCUACAUUCGACUUUGAAAUCAGUAAUGACACUGUAGUUAUUGAUGAAUACACUCUCCUAGGUGAUUAUGUUGCGAAGUGUUCAGCACUUGUCAGUCAUCCAUUCAAUAAAACAUAUAAUCUUAGUCGUAUAGAAGUAAUACAAAUAAAAGGUGAUUACUGGAAUGAAAAUAACAAUACUCUUCUUAAUCAAGAUUAUAUGUUUGUCCGAAUACUUCUCCCUCUGUUGUGGACAGUCACAUCUUUAUCUAUCAGCGCAUUUCUAAUAAGCCAAGCUACGGAAGAUACUAAUGAGGGUAUAAAGUAUGAAUACACUGAAAAACAGAUACACGAAUUUCUAGAAAUUAAUCAUUUGAUCAAUUCAGACAAAGAAUAUCAAGAAAUUGUUCAUCAAGCGAUUUAUCGGUUCGAUGAAUUCCUUCAUUUAAUAAGAACAGUAAAAAGAAUAGAAGAGAAAAAGAGGGAGUCAAGGAGUACAUACAGAGAAGGAUUAUCAUAUUUGUCAAGUCGAUUAAAUGGUGACAGGCUAUUUAACGGUGAAGGCAGUGAUUAUAUGAAGGUCAACAGUAAAAUUGAUAACAACGUAAUCAAUGAACAAGGAUUUCAUAAAAUGUUAUCUAGAAAGCCUUCUAUUCUCCUGGAGGGUACAAAUCCACUACAACAGCGUAAAUUUUCAAAGUUUAUCGGCAUAGUUUUACCGACGGAUACUGUGACUGAGGAGACAGACGACACUUUUUAAGGUUAAAAGGUUAGAAAUGCUUGUCAGUUACAUAGCAUUGGAAGGUGAGUAUCU